AUGGAGACAGUCAGCAUCUUACUGAUUGUCCUGUUUGUUUCAGGUGCUUUGGCUGGUUGUACUGGUGAAGCAGCACUCUCCAUAACUGCACCAAAGCAGCUGGAAGCACUGAGUGGAUCUUGUUUGCAAAUCCCAUGUAGCUUCAGACCCAAAGAAGGACAGACAUUUAACAACACAAGUAAAACUUUUGGAGUGUGGAUUAAAAAUCAAUCCCACUUUGGCAAAUAUCCGAACAAUGUGAUCUUCAACAGUAGUGAAGCAGUUAGCAUCUAUCCAAUGAGUAUUACUGGGAACCUGAGUCAGAGAGACUGCACCACUCUGUUUUCUAAUUUAACCGCCACAUACACAGACACAUACUUCUUCAGAGCAGAGAGUGAACCAUUCAAGGCGACAGCUGCUUGUGAUCCUCUUCAAAUAACAGUCAGAGAUUCUCCUUGGAGGCCCAAUAUUACAAUCCCAGGUGAUCUGAAGGAGAAGGAGUCUGUCACUAUAACCUGCUCAGCUCUCACUCCGUGUCCACACUCCCCUCCUCAACUCACCUGGAAUCUCCAACAAGACUCUCACAACAAAAUAGAGGAAAACACAGAUGGAAGCUUUACAACUAAAAUCCAGCAGACCAUCACUCUGUCAGACACACAUGAUGGAAAGAAGAUCAGCUGCUCUGCCAGAUAUCCUGUGAACCAAGGAAAAGACACCAAGACAGCAGAGACAGAAGAGACUCUCAGUGUUUCAUAUGCUCCUAAAGACACCUCAGCAUCCAUCAGUCCAUCAGGUUUGGUAUCAACAGGCAGCUGGGUGAAGCUGACCUGCUCCAGCAGAGCCAAACCUCCAGUCAGCAGCUUCACCUGGUUCAAGAAGAUCAGAGAUGGAGCUGUGAAAGUAUCUGAAGGAGAGAUUUACAGCUUCAAUGUAACAGAUGGAGGAGUUUAUUACUGUGUGGCCACUAAUGAUCUGGGUAAUCAGACAUCAGCAGAGAUUCAUGUGACUGUUGGAGGUAAAGAUAAAGGCUGA